UGUUUGAGUUUCCCUCCAUUUUUUUUUUUUUGGUCGUCUUCAUCUUCUUCCUUUUCAUAUUCUCUAUGCCAGUGACGAGAUCUAGUGAAGUAAUCCUGCCCUAACUCCAACUUGAAUUUUCAGACUAACAAGAUUCAGUAAAGGAGCAUCUCGAAUUCAGGGUUUGGCUUUGAAAUUAUAUAUAGAGACGAGAUUCAGUGGCCAUUGUUUUCCUGUCUUGUGUUUUCAAUUGGGUAUCUUUGGGAUUAGACAACCCCUGACUAAUUUCAAUGGCGAAUUACUACGAUAUUGAUGAUAUUAUCGCAGAAGAAGAGAUUGUCUCGGUGGUGUUCCAAAAGGCGGUAAACGGGGUUGGAAUUGAUCCUAGUGCUGAAACGGCUUGUGUUGAACCAGGGUCCAAGGUUGAACUGCCCUUUUGGCUUGCUCAUGAGCUACACCUCAGACAAGUAGCGACUAUAAAGCCCCCACCGUGCUUCAAUCAAAAAACCAGGCUGGAACUUGGGGCUGAUGCCGCUUGUGUUGAUUUGAGAUCUCGAUGUCUGUACUUCUAUGAAUUUGGAUGCAAAAUAGCUCCACUGGUUGGUGAUAGAGAUAUGGGGUCCUUCCUCUUGUCUGCAUUUAAGAACAGAUAUCAGGAAGUCCUGGCUAAGGCACAUAGUGUUGCAUUUGCAGCUGCCUCGAAAUUAUCAACACUCUUAACAAAGGAAGAAACCAACUUAUAUGAGGCAGCUCAGUCCUCAAUGGCAGAUUUUAAGAAAUGGCGGAUUGGUGGCCCUAGAUUCCAAAGAGCAGCUAUUCUUGGGAGAAAAAGGAAACCAGCAGACUAGUUGCCAUCUUCAACUUUAUAAUUCCAUUUCUUUUACAUGAGAUAUUUUAUGCACUUGUAUACGAAUAGUUUGUAUUUGAUUAGUAUAGCCAACUCUACUUUUUGUAUAUCUAGUUUUGUUAUUCUAUCAAUUUCAUUUCCAUUGAAAGUAAUCAUACUUCCACAAUUAUGUAACAAAAUUUCAUAUAGAUAUUUAAGAAGCUUUGGACUUGUCAACUAACAUCAAA